AUUCCCUUUGUAACUAGAUCUCCACUUUGCUCAACAGAGCACAAUGUCUCGUUCACGACAGCCCCCCCUUGUGACAGGCAUUUCUCCAAAUGAAGGGAUACCAUGGACCAAAGUCACGAUUAGAGGGGAGAACCUGGGGACUGGCCCGGCUGACCUUGUAGGUUUGACAAUUUGUGGACAUAACUGCCUCCUGACAGCAGAAUGGAUGUCUGCAAGUAAAAUAGUAUGUCGAGUGGGACAAGCCAAAAAUGACAAAGGAGACAUAAUUGUUACAACCAAGUCAGGUGGCAAAGGAACCUCAACAGUCUCUUUCAAGCUACUCAAACCUGAAAAAAUAGGUAUUUUGGACCAGUCUGCUGUGUGGGUUGAUGAAAUGAAUUAUUAUGAUAUGCGUACUGACAGGAAUAAAGGAAUUCCUCCCUUGUCCUUACGUCCUGCUAACCCACUUGGCAUUGAGAUUGAAAAAAGUAAAUUUCCCCAGAAGGAAUUGGAAAUGCUCUUUCCUGGAAUGAGUGCUGAUUUUACAAGUGAGAAUUUUUCAGCUGCCUGGUACCUCAUAGAGAACCACUCAACCACCAGUUUUGAACGGCUCAAAAUGGCAGCGGCCACCCUGAAGAGACAGGCGAACAAGAAGAGUGAGGGCAGCCUGGCGUGUGUGAAAGGGGGUCUUAGCACGUUCUUUGAGGCCCAGGAUGCUCUCUCAGCCAUCCAUCAAAAACUCGAAGCGGAUGGAACGGAAAAAGUAGAAGGAUCCAUGACGCAAAAACUGGAGAACGUUCUGAACAGAGCAAGUAACACUGCAGAUACAUUAUUUCAAGAAGUAUUAGGUCGAAAGGACAAGGCAGAUUCCACUAGAAACGCACUCAACGUGCUCCAGCGAUUUAAGUUUCUUUUUAACCUUCCUCUAAAUAUCGAAAGGAACAUUCAAAAGGGUGAUUAUGAUGUGGUUAUUAAUGAUUAUGAAAAGGCCAAGUCACUCUUUGGGAAGACGGAGGUGCAAGUUUUCAAGAAAUAUUAUGCUGAAGUAGAAACACGGAUUGAAGCUUUAAGAGAAUUACUUCUGGAUAAGUUGCUUGAGACACCAUCAACCUUACAUGACCAAAAACGUUAUAUAAGGUACCUGUCUGACCUCCACGCCCCAGGUGACCCUGCGUGGCAGUGUAUCGGAGCUCAACACAGAUGGAUCCUGCAGCUCAUGCACGGCUGCAGAGAGGGCUAUAUACAAGACCUGAAAGGUACUGCAGGCCUGCACGGUCCCGUGGUGGACCUGGAUAGCGAUGUGCGGCCCUCAGCACUGGGCCAUCUGAGCCAGACAGCGUCGCUGAAGCGGGGCAGCAGCUUUCAGUCUGGCCGAGAUGACACAUGGAGGUACAAAUCUCCCCACCGAGUAGCAUUUGUUGAAAAAUUGACCAAGCUCCUUUUAAGUCAGCUGCCUAACUUCUGGAAACUCUGGAUUUCAUAUGUUAAUGGAAGCCUUUUCAGUGAGACUGCUGAGAAGUCAGGCCAGAUUGAAAGAUCGAAGAACGUCAGGCAAAGACAAAAUGAUUUUAAGAAAAUGAUUCAGGAAGUAAUGCAGUGUCUCGUGAAGCUGAUCCGUGGAGCGUUGCUCCCGCUCAGCAUCCCUGAGGGUGGCCUGAGACAGUAUGGAGGCUGGGAGGUGAAGCCUGAGCUCUCUGGACAGUGGCUCGCUCAUGUCAUCCAGACCAUAAGGCUUACUUAUGAAUCACUGACUGCCCUUGAAAUUCCCAAUGACAUGUUACAGACGAUCCAGGAUCUUAUUUUGGAUCUCCGAGUACGUUGUGUGGUGGUCACACUGCAACACACAGCGGAAGAAGUGAAGAGGUUGGCUGAGAAGGAGGACUGGGUUGUGGAUAAUGAAGGGCUGACUUCUCUACCAUAUCAGUUUGAACAGUGCAUUGUCCAUUCUCUGCAGUCACUUAAAGGAGUUCUAGACUGUAAGCCCGGAGAAGCCAGUGUCUUUCAGCAACCUAAAACACAAGAGGAGGUUUGCCAACUAAGCAUCAAUAUCAUGCAGAUUUUUAUAUAUUGUCUGGAACAAUUGAGCACCAAGCCUGAUGCGGAUGUAGAUACUACACAUCUUUCCAUUGAUGUUUCUUCCCCUGAUUUGUUUGGAAGUAUUCAUGAAGACUUCAGUUUGACUUCUGAACAGCAACUUUUGAUAGUCCUAAGUAAUUGCUGCUACCUGCAACGUCACACGUUCCUAAAUAUAGCAGAACAUUUUGAAAAGCACAACUUCCAGGGAAUAGAGAAAAUAACACAGGUUAGCAUGGCCUCCUUGAAAGAAUUAGACCAAAGACUGUUUGAGAAUUACAUUGAGUUGAAGGCAGAUCCCAUCGUUGGCUCCUUGGAACCUGGGAUUUAUGCAGGCUAUUUCGAUUGGAAAGACUGCCUGCCUCCAACAGGUGUCAGAAACUAUUUAAAAGAAGCCUUGGUGAAUAUAAUUGCGGUGCAUGCAGAGGUGUUCACUGUUUCCAAAGAAUUAGUGCCUCGGGUCCUGUCCAGGGUGGUGGAAGCAGUUUCUGAAGAGCUCAGUCGACUCAUGCAGUGUGUGUCAUCCUUCAGCAGAAACGGAGCCUUGCAGGCGAGGCUUGAAAUCUGGGCGCUGAGGGACACUGUGGCUGUCUACCUGACUCCCGAAAGCAGGUCCAGCUUCAAGCAGGCCCUGGAAGCGCUGCCCCAGCUCUCCAGCGGAGCCGACAAGAAGUUCCUGGAGGAGCUGCUGAACAAGUUCAAGAGCAGCAUGCACCUGCAGCUCACCUGCUUCCAGGCUGCUUCAGCCGCGAUGAAAACAUGAGGCCUCCAGAGCACGGGCAAUCCGAAGAUUCCCAGUGCGGGUGACUCUCUUUAGGUGCCCUAGAGUUGUUCCUCUAUAAAGCGUUAGGUUUGCAGUUUCUCUCUCUCUUUUUUCUCCUGAAUUAAUAGCUGAGAAAGAUGUUGGUAUAUGCUUUAUUUCAACCAGAAUACCCUUAUUUGAAAUGCCAAGCUUAUUAAGAAAUAUAAAGAAUAUUGUCUCUCUUAAGCACAUUAACCAUUGUAGCUAACAUGGCUAUGGAGUAAGUUAUAAAACUGCAAUACUGAAUGUUUGUGUUAUUUUAAAUAUCUAGUGUAGAACAUUCAGCCAAUAAAGAAUGUGUCUUCAAUAGAA